GAUUUCAAUUGAUUUGUUUUCUAUUGGUUUGGAGUUGCAACAGCAAUUGAACCGAGCUGGUCUUCUUUACUUCGAUUUUUGCCCAAUCUUUGUCUCUAUCAACGACAAUGAAACGAUGUUUGAGAAAUGGAAGUGGUGUGAAUGAGGACAGGAUCAGUGACUUGCCUGAAGCUCUCCUUCUGCAGAUACUGUCUUUACUUCCAGUAAAAGAUGUUGUUUCCACUAGUGUUUUGUCUAAACCAUGGAGGAAACGCAUCCCACCAUCUAAUUCACCAAUUCUCCGUCCCCAUUAUGGGACCCUUAAAGAUCUUCUUAACGAGAUGGAUCACUCGAGGAAUCACUUGGCUGACAUCCUGUCUGUCUUAAACCUUGGUGAGUGUGACAAGGCUUCAUAUCUUGACAUAGUAGAUUGGCCAGAGUCAGGAGGAAAAUCAGUUAAUAAGUUGAGCAUGAACGAAUUGGAGGCGGAGCUUAGGAAACAUAAGUUGGAAGAGAAAGGAAAUCGAUCAGAUAUGGCAUUGCGUUUAGCUUUAUACAUUCGGAAGACUGAAAAUGGGUUCGUGGGGUUGCAGAAAUGGCGUAACUUGAGAGUUUCAUUGCAAAAUGGAUCUUCUUUUUCCAAUUCGUUUUCUUCUGCUAGUGCUGCUGAUGUGAGCCCUAAAGAUGGUGGAAAAGGGGAAACCUUUAAAGCUUCGUCAUUCCUUGAUUCACUGCGUAAAGUCAAUGCUGAUUCGGUUCUGGAUCUUCUUAGAAGUUAUGGGUUCACAGAUUCUCAGAUCUCCAGCAUCAUUAGGAGUGAUCCACAAGUGCUUAUAGCCAAUACUGCGACAUCCCUUGGUUCAAAGCUUGAGUUUUUGCAGGCCAGAGGAGCUUCAAGCUCUGAGCUCACUGAGAUUGUUUCUACAGUUCCUAAAAGCUUGGGGAAGAGAGAGGGCAAAGCUAUCAGCAGAUACUAUGAUUUCGUCAAAGUCAUUAUAGAAGCAGAUAAGAGUUCCAAGUAUGUAAAGUUAUCUCAUUCUUUAUCACAGGGUAACAAGAUCAGAAAUGUUUUGGUUUUGAGAGAAUUGGGUGUGCCUCAAAAGCGGUUGUUACCUUUGCUCAUCUCCAAAGCGCAGCCCGUGUGUGGAAAAGAAAAAUUUGAUGCAUCACUCAAGAAGGUCGUUGAGAUGGGUUUUGAUCCAACCACCUCAACGUUUGUGCACGCUUUGCAUAUGCUUUACCAAAUGAGCGACAAAACGAUUGAAGAAAAAGUUGAAUUCUAUACAAGUGUAGGUUUCACUGUGGAUGAUGUAUGGGCAAUGGUCAAGAAGUGGCCACGCUCUCUGACACACUCGGAGAAGAAGGUAGCCAACUCCAUUGAAACAUUUCUUGGUCUAGGAUUCAGCAGAGAUGAGUUUUUAAUGAUGGUCAAGCGGUUUCCUCAAUGCAUUGGAUUUUCGACACAGUUAGUGAAGAAGAAGACUGAGUAUCUGGUGAAGGCUGUGGCUUCAAUCCCUCAAGUAGUUGGAUACAGCCUAGAGAAGAGGACUGUCCCAAGGUGUUUAGAUUCAUUAGUGAAUCUUGAUGCUUCACUGUGGGAAGUAGAAAAUAGCUUUUGUGUAUGAGUGUCUGAACCUUUUAUCCUGAAGGAUGAUGAAUCAGUCUUGUAUGAAAAAAUCUUUACAAUUAGGAGGAUAUUGUUCACUCAAUUUUGUUCCUCUAAAUUAUAUAUCUUUGUUCCUCUUGUUAAUAUGAAUUGUGGUAAAGAUCUUUCUGAUGUUCUUUGUUGUGUUUUGAGAAUUAAACAGAGCAUAAGAAAUAAUUCAUUUUACU